AUGAAAGCUACUGAAAUUCAUACAUGUAACGCCCAGCAGCUGGUUAUCGACGACCGCCUCGUUGCUGGCCGAAUUUUCGUGCGCCGACUGAAUGGGUACCCUGCUGCAACCGUCGAUCUCCUUGCACUCAUACUAUCAUGGCGCUUCGCGGACAUUGCUGAAGACUUGGUUGUUGGACGUCGACGUUAUCUGUGCGCGGAGGCCGAAUUCCACCGGAUGUUGACUAAUGACUGGCGUCUCGCCAGCAUGUCAUCGCCAAGAUCAUCCAUCGCUCCACACUCGGUGAUUUUUGGUGGUCUGGGGGAUUGUCUUUUGUGCUGGUUAUCUGCACGAGCCAAAAUUUUCGUGGGGACCGAUGCUCCAUAUUAUUACAUAGCUCUUUUGCCUCUCGAUAGAAUGUAUGCGUCAUUUUCGCAAGAACUCAAUAUAAACCAUUUCUCUCAUCCCGAGGCCCCCUUGGUGACCGUGCACGCACAAAUGGAUGGCAGCCAGAACUCAUUGGAAAUCAAGAACGGAAGACGUGGAUGGAUAUCCAGUUCUCUGCCACUCUCCUUCCUUUUAUUGGUAUUCCGUCUGGGCCACCACUUUGGCGCGAUCGCCCCUUAUUUUUCGGAUUUAACCGGCUACUUUUUAGGUGAGAAGAUUUUACUGGCUUUCGUUCCUCCUCAGUUCACCGCCUUCGACGGAAUAUUUGGUUUGACAACGGUUCUUCAACUCGGCGGUCGAUAUUCGUCCUAUGUUUCGCUUACUUUCCGUGGGAACAUCGCAUUCCUCGCGAUCUAUUCCCCUCAAGGCAUUAAUUCCAGCUCUCGGCCCUUCAGCAUUAUGCCUACAUCUCUUCUCUCUGCCCCUCAAGAGCUCCUUGGCAACAUCGUUCUCACUGCAGUACGCCAGACUCGACAGGGUCCUCCUUGUGAUCUGCUCUCCUUAUUGUUGACUUGUCGCCUAUCAUACCGUUCCUUAUGCUUCGUCGCCCACCCCACUCUCCACUUUCUUAUCUUCGCCGCAAAGUUCGAUCUCUCCUCACCUCGGCGCCAUCUUGCUCCUGACCAGAUAUUUCCUUGCCACAUUGAGAGCGAACUACGCAAGCGCUUUACAGCCCUACAUCGUAUUCGGAGUGGCGACACCAAUGGCCCAUGGCUUCUCGAAGCACUCAUCGUCGCCUAUACAUUAAUACUGGAGGACGAUGGAAAGAACUGGGAACAGCUCCUUUGGGCACAAUUACCUUCGUUCAUUUAUCGCCUUGUUCGACAGCGUCUCACUCGAGUACCUACAUCUAGUACUGGCUGGCCAUUGGAGGACCAGGUGAAUACUUUGGCAGUCGCAAUCCUGUGGCUGAUGUCGUCGUCGCCUAUGAUACACGAAGAAACAAAGGCUAUUCGAGACGAGUUCAUAGAAUUGCUCGGCCCGUUUGUCCUGGCUGCCUUUCGCUACCCAUGUUCCGUUAUGCCCGAGCAUGAAUUUCAUCCCUCCACACUUGACAGCAAUGCCAAGGCGGCAACUGCAUCUACACAUGAUCCACAACCUACAAACCGACUGUCCACCAUAGAUACGCUAUAUUUCAACCACCUUGUAAAGUUUAGAUUUCCUUCAUUGGCGUCAUAUGCUAUUCUCGCAUAUUUCUCAAGAUUAGAGACUCGGCCCAUGGGUAUUCCUCCACACUUGCCUGCCAAUCGAGUAGAAGCAAAUGCAAGAGGUAUUGAAGGGCCUACGCGAGAGGAUGCUGAGCAUUUCGUCACGCAUUGUAAAACUCACUUCAUAUCAACUGCGCAUGGAGAUCAACUUGGGUUGCUUACGAAAAGUCAACGAUUUGAUCCUGAUUUGAAGCGCACGAUGCAUGUUUCUUUUGGCCAUGUACCAUACUCCAAGCAGGGAUCAUACACCCCUGGUACUCUAACGGGUCGCUGGCAAGGCUCUUAUGUAGUUCCAUGUCGUGAAGUAUAUAUAUCUCUACGGAAUAGUCCUUUGGCUCCUUCCCCAUUUCCGACAUUUGGUCGAUCCCCUCUGUAUGUUACUUUCCGGGAGCUUUAUUGUUACAGCCCAUCGUCAUCUAUACUCUCGGUCGACAAUGAAUCAUUCAUGAACGGAUUUCUCCCUCUGGGUUGUCGUUGGAUGGAGCUCGAGGAUGGUCUUGAGAUAUACGGCCAGAAUAGCUCUUUCAGGAGCUAUUAUGAACCUCUUCGCACGACUCGGCCGGCCGAGUGCAAUGCGUCCGAUGGUUCUGGUAUUUCACAGGCUAGUCAAUUAGACGCAGUGGACAUCAUUAUAACAGGCAAAACUGAGGAUAGAUUUCGUGAUGCCUGGGGUGGAUACAGCUAUAUUGGUCGUAUCAGGCCCUCGGAUGGCCUGAUAGUACUACUUCGUGAACCUCUGGAUCCACUCAUGGAGAUGCUCGGCAGAAGUAUCUUCAGAGGCUAUGUCGUUGGGUCUCGUAACUUUGUUGGAAGAUGGCGGGGGGUGGCUGGUGGAGCCCAAACCCCCGAAUGGGAGGCGGCGUUCAGCAUGUGCAAGGAUACUGCGCUUCCCUGA